AUGUCGGAUCUUCAUUCUGAGCUUUCACAAGCUAAGAGCCAAAGCAGCAAACAGAAGAUGGACACAAUGCAGAUGAAAGAGGAGCUGCUUUCAGUUAAAGAGUUGAAAGAAAAGCUGUCGUCUAACCUAACCAAGGCCACAGAGAGACUACAGGUGACCCUUAACCAGUUACACGAGCUGGAGGCGGAGAAACUAAUCCAAACCAAUCAGAUUACAGCGCUGGAGACUGAACGCUUGCAGCUGAUUGGAGAGAAGGAGGAGCUAAGGAAAACAUUUGAUGAUGGUCUUCAUGAAAAAAUUAAGCAGCUGGGAGAGAGAUGCUGCCAACUCAAGAAACAGCGGGACAAUCUGGAGCAAGAAAAUCAGCGUCUGCAAUUCAAACGUAAAGAACUGGAACAAAAAAUAGAAAGCCUGGAGGCGGGGCAGCAACACAAAAAAGAGGAGGAGCAUCAUAUGUGGGCGGAGUUUGAGCGGGAGAAGGAGGAAUUAAAGAAAGUGGCAGCUCACUGGAACGAGAGAUGGCUGGAUGUGGCGAUGACGUUAUGCUCAACUCAGGAAGAACUAGAUGUGCUCAAAAGUCAACAGCAAGAGAAAGACGGAGUGUCUUGUGAAGACCUGAAUGGAGAGCUGGAGGAGGAGCUACUUAGGUUGAGAGACAUGCUGAAGGUCAGAGAUGCUGAGCUGCAGUCUGUUCUCAAUCAGGAGUCACAACAGAGUAAUAAAGUCCAGAAACUGGAGAAGCUGCUCUCAAAGAAGGAAAAGGAAUUGAUGGAAAAAGAUCAAGAUCUGAAGAACCUGGAGACACAGAGGAUAACAGAGAAAACAGAGGCUCAGAUCAAGAUAUCAGCCCUGGAGCAAGAGAUUUUAGGACAUAAAAGACAUUCAGGACAGGAAGUGGUCAAGGAAUCUAGUCCUGAGUCACUGUCGGCCCUGUUGGAAGAAAGCAGGAGGCGAGCAGAAAGGCGUGAGCAAGAAAGAGACCAGGCCUUACAAAAACUGUGCGAUCUUAGAUGUUCUCAGAGUAAAGAAUGUCUACGAGAAAACCUAAAACAGAAACCUGCCCCUUCAGAACUUGCAAUUGAUCCCAAUACACAAAGGAGGCUGGUCACUGAGCAGCUGAAAAGUCUGUUCAGAGAGAGAGAGCAGUGUGGAGAAAGAUCUUCAGUGUUCCCAAGAAGACCUUACUUGGCUGAUAAUUUGGUCCAAAAUGCUUCAGAUAUUAAGAACUGGAAUGCUGUUGACGUGAACCAUCAGGGAAGAGAAACGCAGACACCGGAGCAAGAUCCCCAACAGGGGGCAGCAAAACCAUGUCCAUCCCAGAUCUCAGACGGAGGAUCAGACAGGUCUGCAGGAGGGGUGGAGGAUAAACAGCCAAUCAGCGUCAAGCAUUCCAGCAAGACUGCCCAGAUAUAGAAGAUACAGAAGGGUCCACUUGAAGAAUGGAGGGGGAUCAACUGCUGAAGUGAAGAUCAUCCAUUGUAAAGAAGACAACUUUGCUAAAUGCACCUUUAUUCCUGUUCUCCUAAGUUGAACUGCACAGCUAAGCUAAGCUAAUUUUCAUUGUUGUUUAACCUUCAAGUGACUGCUACAGGUGUGAGAUACAGUUCAGAUACAAAACACCAACAUGAUUUCAGAUGAAAUUCUACAUUUAUUAGUUUCUAAAACGAUGACUUUUUUAUAAAUAGAUUGUUUGAAUCUGAUGAUAUAUUAUUUACAUUAUGUGUGGCACAGUAGAUAUCGCUGUCACCUCACAGCAAGAAGGUCACUGGUUCGAGGCUAGGUCAGUUCCCACACAGAAAAAACCUAUAAAAACACAUAUGUUUUAUUAUAGGGUUUGAUAUAGGUUUUAAAUAUAUGUGCCAAAAUUGGGCGUUUUCCUAUAUUAUAUUUACAUAUAUGCAUGUAUAAUUGCAUACAUGUUCACCUAUAUGUUAGUAAAAUUAUUAAAAUCCAUAGCUGCUAGACAACAUAAAUAAAAUCU